GAAAGUUCUGGAAGAACAAUGGGCGGACUAGAAAACCCCAUAUCAGAGAAUGGAGAGAAGACAUUAUUAUGUCCAGAAUGUGUGAAGUGUUUUAGGAAUAAAUCACGUCUCUUGGAACAUAUCAAAACUCACACAGGAGAGAAGCCAUUUUCAUGUCCGGAAUGUGUGAAGUGUUUUAGUAAAAAAUCAAGUCUCGUGGAUCAUAUGAGAACUCACACAGGAGAGAAGCCAUUUUCAUGUCCAGAAUGUGUGAAGUGUUUUAGGAAUAAAUCACGUCUCUUGGAACAUAUCAAAACUCACACAGGAGAGAAACCAUUUUCAUGUCCGGAAUGUGUGAAGUGUUUUAGUCAAAAAUCAAGUCUCGUGGAACAUAUGAGAACUCACACAGGAGAGAAGCCAUUUUCAUGUCGAGAAUGUGUGAAGUGUUUUAGUCAAAAAUCAAGUCUCGUGGAACAUAUGAGAAUUCACACAGGAGAGAAGCCAUUUUCAUGUCCAGAAUGUGUGAAGAGUUUUAGUCAUAAAUCAUAUCUUGAAAAACAUAAGAGAACUCACAUAGGAGAGAAGCCAUUUUCAUGUCCAGAAUGUGUAAAGAGUUUUAGUCAUAAAUCAUAUCUUGAAAAACAUAUGAGAACUCACACAGGAGAGAAGCCAUUUUCAUGUCCAGAAUGUGUGAAGUGUUUUAGUCAAAUAUCAAAUCUUGUGAAACAUAUGAGAACUCACACAGGAGAGAAGCCAUUUUCAUGUCCAGAAUGUGUGAAGUAUUUUAGUCAAAAAUCUAAUCUUGAGGAACAUUUGAGAACUCACACAGGAGAGAAGCCAUAUUCAUGUCCAGAAUGUGUGAAGAGUUUUACACAGAGAGCAAGUCUUUUACAUCAUUUGAGAACUCACACAGGAGAGAAGCCAUGCUCUUACACUUAUCACCUAUCACAGUCAUUAGAUGUAACACAAUGGUGCGGCCUACAGGCUCUUACACUUAUCACCUAUCACAGUGAUAUCACAGUCAUUAGAUGUAACACAAUGGUGCGGCCUACAGGCUCUUACACUUAUCACCUAUCACAGUCAUUAGAUGUAACACAAUGGUGCGGCCUACAGGCUCUUACACUUAUCACCUAUCACAGUGAUAUCACAGUCAUUAGAUGUAACACAAUGGUCUAUAAUAUGGAAUCUUUACAGGAAAGUUCUGGAGGAACAAUGAGUGGACUAGAAAACCCCAUAUCAGAGAAUGGAGAGAAGCCAUUUCCAUGUCCAGAAUGUGUGAAGAGUUUUAGGAAUAAAUCAUAUCUUGUGGAACAUAUAAAAACUCACACAGGAGAGAAGACAUUUUCAUGUCCAGAAUGUGUAAAGAGUUUUAGUCAAAAAUCAAGUCUUGAAAAACAUAUGAGAACUCACACGGGAGAGAAGCCAUUUUCAUGUCCAGAAUGUGUGAAGUGUUUUAGUCAAAAAUCAAGUCUUGAAAAACAUAUGAGAACUCACACAGGAGAGAAGCCAUUUUCAUGUCCAGAAUGUGUGAAGAGUUUUAGUCAAAAACCAAGUCUUGAAAAACAUAUGAGAACUCACACAGGAGAGAAGCCAUUUUCCUGUCCAGAAUGUGUAAAGUGUUAUAGUCGUAAAUCACAUCUUGUGAUACAUAUGAGAACUCACACAGGAGAGAAGCCAUUUUCAUGUCCAGAAUGUGUCAAGUGUUUUAGGAAUCAAUCAAGUCUUGUGGAACAUAUGAGAACUCACACAGGAGAGAAACCAUUUUCGUGUCCAGAAUGUGUGAAGUGUUUUAGUCAAAAAUCAAGUCUUGUGGAACAUCUGAGAACUCACACAGGGGAGAAGCCAUUUUCAUGUCCAGAAUGUGUAAAGAGUUUUAGUCAAAAAUCAAGUCUUGAAAUACAUAUGAGAACUCACACAGGAGAGAAGCCAUUUUCAUGUCCAGAAUGUAUGAAGAGUUUUACAUGGAAAGCAAGUCUUGUGCAUCAUAUGAAGAAUCACACAGGAGAGAAGCCAUUUUUGUGCUUGGAAUGUAGUAACUGUUUUACUACGAAAUCACAUCUUGUUAUUCAUCAGAGAACUCACAUAGGAGAGAAGCCAUUUUCAUGUCCGGAAUGUGGGAAGUGUUAUAGUCAUGAAUCAAGUCUUGUGGAACAUAUGAGAACUCACACAGGAGAGAAAUCAUUUUCAUGUCCAGAAUGUAUGAAGAGUUUUAUAUGGAAAGCAAGUCUUGUGCAUCAUAUGAAGAAUCACACAGGAGAGAAGCCAUUUUUUGUGGUUGGAAUGUAGUAACUGUUUUACUACAAAAUCACAUCUUGUUAUUCAUCAGAGAACUCACAUAGGAGAGAAGCCAUUUUCAUGUUCACAAUGUGGAAAAUCAUUUACCUAAGAAGCAACUCUUGUGGGACACCAGAGAACUCACACAGGAGAGAAGCCAUGUUCAUGCUUGGAAUGUGGAAAUGUUUUAGGCUGAAAUCACGUUUUUAAACAUCAGAUGAUUCACAUAGGAGAGAAACCAUUUUCAUGUCCUGAAUGUAUAAAGUGUUUUACUAAUAAAAAAAAUCUUGAGGGACAUCUGAGAAGUCACACAGGAGAGAAGCCAUUGUCAUAUAUAGUAUGUGGCUAAUGUGUUAACCAAAUAUCAAAUCUGUGGAUCAUCUAAGAACUCAG